UGUGUGGGUAUCACUGGUGUAUUGUUUUGUACAAGAACAAUUUGUAUGUAUAUGUGUUUAUGUAAAUGCAACGUCCUCAUAAUCAAUGUUGAUGACAUGUGAGAAAUCUAACAAGAAGUAUUUUAAAAUAUUUGAAGCAAAGGGCAAAUGAAGUGUUAAUGCAUGUCUUGUCCUUUAGUUAGUUGUGGAUUAGACUGCGCUGUGCUCUGAACUAUCGAGAGGAACGAAAAAUGUUAACUCGUAUGUUACAAAUGUUACAAUGUCCCUAUCCCUUUGAAGGACUACCUUUAGUGUAUCCGUGUGUACUCUUUUACGUCCUCUGAAAGUAUCUCGAUAUAGUUUAUUGUUUGUAACCAUAGUCAAAGUGAACUCCAAACCUGACUUCUACAGAACACAAAGAAGAUAUUACGAAGAAUGUUAGUAACCAAACUACAUUGGGUUUGUUGACUCCCAUUAAAUGGGCACAAAACCAAUGAGACGUUUCUUAAAUAUCUUCUUAUCACAUAAGUACACAUGGAGCGUGUGUUGAGUUUAUGUGUGGGAUCAGUGGCUGUCGGGACGGUCGGGCUCCUGAUCUUACUGAAAGUGGUCCAGAGACUGAGACACAAGCAGAAUGUGCAGGAUAAAGUUGUUGUGAUCACUGGAGCCAGCUCCGGCCUGGGCAAAGAAUGUGCACGACUGUUCCACGCUGCAGGAGCCCGGCUAAUCCUGUGCGGACGGGACCAGAAGAGACUCCAGGAGGUUGUUGAUGAGCUGACAGCUAUACCUUGUGGAAAGAUGCGGACUUAUGCUCCAUGCACUGUCACCUUUGACCUCUCCAACACAGCUCUGGUUGCCAGGGCCGCUGAGGACAUUUUGAAGUGCCAUGGUCAUGUAGAUGUCCUCAUCAAUAAUGCAGGCAUUAGUUACCGUGGCAACAUUUUGGACACCCACGUCUCUGUUCAGCGAGAUGUCAUGGAGACCAAUUACUUCGGUCCUGUUGCUCUCACUCAAGCCAUUCUGCCAUCUAUGGUAGAUAGGCGCAGUGGACAUAUUGUAGUCAUCAGCAGUGUACAAGGAAAGAUCUCCAUACCAUAUAGAUCUGCAUAUGCAGCAUCUAAACAUGCAACGCAGGCCUACUUUGACUGUCUGAGGGCUGAGGUUGACAGGUUUGGCCUGAAGGUGUCUGUCAUCAGCCCUGGUUACAUCAAAACAAACCUGUCCAUCAAUGCAGUCACAGGGGACGGUUCCAAAUAUGGAGUAAUGGACAAAACCACAGAACAGGGGCGGGAUCCCGUGGACAUUGCACAUGAUAUUCUAAAGGCUGUCCGUCAGAGACAGAAAGACGUUGUAUUAGCUGGGCCACUGCCUACUUUAGCCAUCUAUCUUCGUGCACUCUGGCCUACCCUCUUCUUCAAACUGAUGGCUUCGCGGGCUAAAAAAGAACAAAAAUUUAAAGAAGAAUAAGUGAAAACAAUAUUGGGGAAAAGACGGACUCCAAGAUAUCCGAGCUUAAAGUGUUUGUAUUUCAUAUUUAUUCAGUGAUGGGAUCACUGUCAAUUGCUAAGAUCCGUCCUUGCUUGAGAGUAAUGUAUUACAUACUUAGGUCUCUGCAGUGACGAUUUCCUGAUAUUCUAAACUAUUUUUCUAUCUAUAUGGCACAUUGAGCUUGCAAUUUAUGUUGCAUUUGAUUGCCUACAGUUGUUAUGGUUUUAAUCUGUGCGUACAAAUCACAAUUUUAUUUGAAUUUCCCAUAUGUUGACUUUUAUUACUAAACAUUCCUUAUGCUCUGGUGCUCCUUAAAGGGAUAGUUCACCCAAAAAUAACAUUUCUGUAAUAAUUUACUCACACUCUUGUUGUUCCAAACCUGCAUACAUUUUUUUGUUCGAUUAAAUAUAUAUUUAUACUAACGCUUGUUACCAAACAUUUCUUGCUCACCAUUGACAAUGGUAGUGAAAAGUGCCCCUGAACUGUUUGCUGUACAUUCUUCCAAAUAUCUUCUCACAUUUACCAGACGCUUUAAUCGAAGCGACUUACAAUUGAGAUAAACAAUGGAAGCAAUUGUAAAGCAAUUUUGUGUUCAACAGGACAAAAAAUUAUGGAGUAAUUUUUCAGACUAUGCUAGUCAAUGGGGUCCAAGAAAUGUUUUGUUAUAAGCAUUCUUCCACAUUUCUUUCUGUGUUCAUCGGAACAAAGAUAUUUAUACAGAUUUGAAACAACUCGAAGGUGAGUAAUAGAUGGUAUCAUUUGUAUUUUUGGGUGAAUUGUCCCUUUAAUCUAACAUGGCAAUUACAUAAAAUAAUAAAAACAGAUACUGCAAGAGCAGUAAUCUAGUUAUGAUAAUUAUAACAAAAUAAUUUUUAAAGAAGUGUGUCACACAUGAACCUACCAAUAAAAUACUGGGUGUCCAUUCCUGAUUGCUCGUUUUGCAGAGGGAAAUACCUCAGUUUUGGAUUAAAUUCUUCUAUCAGUGUCAAUGUUUGUGAGAUUAUUGUAUCAUUUCAUGAAACCAUUAAGAGUAUUCAGUGUUGUUAAUCCAACAGCUGCUUUUUUGUAAAUAUAAUUAAACCGAUUCAUAUCAACAAUA